UCAAGGUCCAUAGAUAACAAGCCCAUACGUGACUGUGUGAGAUCUGGGCAGGUAGGUUAUGUGGUUUCAAGGGGCUGGGGGUUGUGGGAAUACAACUGAGAAUGGCAUUAAAGUAUAUUAUAAUUAUGACUACCAGAAGGAGGAGCUGAACCUGAACCAGAGGGGCUGCAGACAGGCCCUGCUGGGGCACUACACACAGAUAAUGCAGUCCAUUGGCUUAAUUGUUCUCAUCAUCUGGCUUUUUGAGGUGUCAGAGCUGACAGGAGUGCGUUAUAUUCAGACAGCAAUGGAGAAUGUGAUGAGGUUAGGAGACCCUGACUCUGAGUCUGACAGCUGGCUUCUGGAGAACAACUUUGCGGACACUGCACGUUAUAACUUCAACAUCAUCGAGAACCUAGGCAAGUGCUACCAGAUGGAUGACGAUCCCAACAUAGACGUGCCAAGCACCAGCCAGCAAGCACAAGAGAAUGUGCCUGUAAAGCAAAUCCCUGUCGCCCGAUAGCACAAGAGACAUUGGACACUACUGUUUUAUAUAAGCCUAAAUUGUUUUGCAAUAUAUUAAACCUGCUUAUUCUUUUAAUUGUAAUCUUGUGCACCACUUUCUAAGGAUAUUCACAAAGAAUCAUAUUAAUUACAUACUGGAACAUGUUCGUUCCCUUACGAAAAAGA